CCAACAGCCGCUUCGAUAAGUCAACUCGCGUAAAAAUUUUUGUUAUUCAAUUUUUGGAUUUAAAAUUACGCAAAAAUCCUGAAAAUUCUUUAGAUAGACUCAAAAUUGACUUUAGUCAAUCGUGAAAUGUUGCAAUUUUGAUAAAAGUUGAUUAAAUUAGGCUUAUAAAAGAUGAUUUUUGCAUUUCGAACAGCAAUAAUUUCAAUUUUAUUAUUUUUCUUCAUAUUUAUACCGCAAAAUGAGGUUCAAUCGUCUGUCGAAUCGGAAAUUGUCGAUAAGUGGGCAGAAACAUUUGGCAAUGAACUAUGGGAUUUGGCGCAAAAAAUGACAAAGUCAAAUGAGAUCAAAGCGCGCUACAAAACUCUAAACGCAAAAGUCCAAGAGAAGGAUGGAACAAUUUUAAUUGAGGAUAUAGUUGCAUCAAUAGGUCGCAUGUUGAAUAGAAAAAUGGAUGCAGUAAAAUGUAUUGUUACAAAAUCAGAGGAAUAUGCGGAAGAGUUUCACCGCAAUGAAAUGAUAAAGGAGGAUUUUCACUACUAUUCAAGUAAAUUCUCAUUGGUAAAUGGAUUGAACCUAACAAACCGCAAAUAUACAGACUUUGAAGAAGAGAACGUGCAGAAUAAUACAUUUAUAAACAUGACAUUUGAUCGUGAUUCACAUUUCUUUGAUUUAGAAGUCAGCACGGAGCACAGUUCCGUUCACGUACCAACAAAUGUCUACGACAAGGGACCGGAAGCAGCUGAAUUCAUUCAGUGGUCUGAAGUGCUUGACGAUGUAUUUCGACAAAAUUACAAUUCCGAUCCAGCAUUAUCGUGGCAAUAUUUCGGAAGUAAUCUUGGUAUUAUGCGACACUAUCCGGCGAUGUCAUGGGUGAGAAAUAAAACAGAUACAUACGAUUGUCGUAAAAGAUCAUGGUACAUUGAAACCGCAACAUGUUCAAAGGAUGUCGUUAUCCUGCUUGAUAAUUCAGGCUCAAUGACUGGAUAUAGAUUUUAUAUUGCACAAUUAACAAUUAAGAGCUUACUAGGGACAUUUUCGAAUAAUGACUUCAUAAAUAUAUUCAAUUAUUCUAAAAUAACGGAAGAUGUCAUACCGUGCUUUAAGGAUAGUCUCGUACAGGCAACGCCCGAAAAUAUUCAAGCAUUUAAUGACGCUGUGGCUGAGCUUAUACCUGAAGGAUAUGCAAAUGUCACAACAGCAUUGGAGAGAGCAUUCAAAUUGCUUGCAAAAUAUCGAGAAAUUCGUCGAUGUAAUGAGUCAUCGACCGGAUGUAAUCAAGCAAUUAUGUUGGUGACUGAUGGUGUGCCUGGAAAUGCUACAGAGAUUUUCGAAAAAUAUAAUUGGUAUGGUAAUGAUAGUAAAUCGUAUCCGGUGCGAAUAUUCACAUACUUGCUUGGUAAAGAAGUGACAAAAGUGAAGGAAAUCCAGCUUUAUGCAUGUAUGAAUCGUGGUUUCUACUCACAUAUCCAAUCAGUUGAUGAAGUUGCUGAAGAAGUUCUCAAAUAUGUUAAUGUUGUAGCAGCUCCGUUAGUGCUGCAAAAGAAAGAACAUCCACCAACAUGGACGCAUGCAUACAUUGACUUAACAUCAAAUCCGGAAUUUGAUGAAAGUGAUGACGAUGAGGAGGAUAAAAAGAAAGAAAAGACAGAAUUACGAAUGAUGAUUGCAGUUGGUGCACCAGCAUUCAAUUUGUCAUCAUAUCCUGAAGGAAAUUUUACUGGUCGACCGACAUUGCUUGGUGUGGCUGGCACUGAUAUACCACUUGAGGAUAUUAAUCGUAUGGCAUUACCAUACAAACUUGGUGUCAAUGGAUAUGCAUUUAUUGUAUCAAAUAAUGGAUAUGUGCUGUUACAUCCUGAUUUACGACCACUGGAUCCGGAACAUCCUGACCAAAUUAAGAAUAACUAUAACAGUAUAGAUUUAACGGAAGUUGAGCAAUUUGAGGCUGACUACGAUCCUCGAGAUCCUAGUGAACAAUUAUUAGAACUUAGACAAGCUAUGGUUAAUCAUACAUCUGGAAAAAUAUUCGGAGUGCCUGUGAAAUUUCAUUAUGACAAAAUGAGACGUGUAGACCACACAAGACAAGACUUUUACUUUGCGCCCAUCCCACACACGCCUUUCUCGCUUGGAAUUGCACUUCCACACGACUACGGCAACACUUGGAUAAAAGUUGGCGAUGAAAUUCAACGCAACACUUACACAAAGGUCAACAUUUCUGACUUUUUUGUUGGAGAAAAUUGGAAAAUUCAUCCUGAAUGGGUUUAUUGUCGGUAUCAUUACUUGGAAGGUCACGAGUUUCUAACGCCUGAGCAGGAGUUGAGAGAGUUCUUGAGGAAAAUUGUUGAAAAAGACUGGAAGUGGUCACAGCAAUAUGAACCUGAUGCUAAUGCUGACAAAGAAAGGGAUACGAAUGAAUUGAAUUGUGGACGUAAGUCUCUAAGCGAUGACGCAUAUUACUGUAAUAAGGAGCUCGUUGAAUUAUUAGUAUUUGACGCAAAAGUGACAAAUGAUAGUUAUCAAUCAUGGACUUUUAAGAGUGACGCUGAACGCGAGAUCAUUGAACGUUAUAAUGCAACCGUUCGUUACGUAUCAACAAUGAGUGGCUUGACACGAUGGCAAUUUAUCUUUGGUGAAGUUGAGGUCGACACGGAUACAGAGUUUGGUGAUCUAUACUCGUCAUCACUCAAUGAGCCAUGGUAUAAGAGUGCUGUACUUCAGCAUCGUAUUGAUAAGCAAAGCUUCAUCUAUUCGGUUCCGCAUUUCAAUGAUGAUGAUGAUGUCGAUAAAUCGGAUCCGGAUUUGAAGGUAACAGCAUCAAUGGCCAUUUUCCCACGUGAUGGUGGUAAGGAAGCUGCUUCAGCUGUUGUUGGAUUUCAAUUCUCUCACAAGCAAAUGUAUGAGAGGUUUAUGGAAAUUACAGCUAUGGUCAAUUGCGACGACUGCUUAAAAUCAUGCGGAGCCGACGAACAGGAUUGUUAUGUUAUUGAUAACAACGGUUAUAUCAUCAUAUCAGAGGCAAAUAUGAACGAUACAGGAAAAUUCUUUGGCGAAGUUGAAGGAGCUGUCAUGGAAACAAUGGUUGAGGAGAGCAUAUUUGAUCGUAUUACGAUAUAUGAUUAUCAAGGAUUAUGCAAAAACGUGACGAGGGGAAAUGAGACAAAAAGUGAUGAGAAUUGUGCGCGAGGAUUGACGACGCCACUGAAGCUUUUACUACUCGGAAUGAAAUAUAUCUUCACGGAAAUGAUAAUUGAGCUAUCACGCAUCAAUUUGUGGACAACAAGUGCGCCAUCGCCUGAUUAUGAUACAGAUUACGCAGAUUUUGGCAAGACAAAAAAGCCAAUAACAGAUUCACAUGCACCACAAAAGCCAGUCUUACGCGGUAAAGGUGCUGAAGCUAUGGAAGCUGAAGAAUAUUUCAAAAAUAAAGAAUUACGUGAAGCGCAAGAAGUAAAAGAUCAUUAUCGUCCAUGUGAUAAACGAGUUGACUUGUAUGUUGUUAAUGAAACAUUUAUACGUGGUGAGCAUUCAUUCUCAUCGGUGGAUAAAGAUGCAUUACCCGAGCACAGAAGGGAUGCUGAUGAUGUUCGACCAUUUUAUGUUAGCCGCAUUCGAUUUUCUAAUCUACUGCUGGUCGUUAUCAACCAAAUGGAAGGAAGUAGUGUUCCCAUUGAGCUUACAACAAAACCAAGAGAGAUUUAUACAUUGAACUAUUAUAAUGCAACAUUUCCAUGCUAUAAAAAUUACAUGAAUGAAUUACCCCGUCGACGAUUAGAUGAGUGCUUUACGGAACAUCAAGAGGAAGAGGAAAUGGCGUAUUGUGGCUCCGCAUCGCGCAUCAAAUCUACAUUGUUGCUCCUGUCGUUACUGCUGCCAAUGUUUUAUCUCCUGAGAUUUAAAUGAACAAAAAAAAAGACCCUUAAUUAAGUUUUUUUAUUUUUUGCAUUGUUGUUGUUAUAACCUUUUUACAAACUUUUUUUUAUUUUGUAAUAUUUUGAUGGGAGAAUGGUAGACCAUUUGGUGGAUAUGGUGGGUGGGGGAUGUCGAGGGGAUUUAGAAAUAAUCAUAUUUAUUAUUUGGCCACUUUUGCUCAACCUAGCUCAACCAUUUGUUAAGCUCAGCACACAAAACUGCAACAUUAGCUUAAUUUUUUCAUAUUUUUAAUAUAGUUUUUAAUUUUGCAUUACUCAAAAAUUAUUGAAAUUGAGUCUCAAAAAAAACCCGAAAUUCUGACAAUCUUAACCGAACAUUACGCCUGUGAAACGUAAAACUUCAUCUCUUCUUUAUUUAUUUGCCUCUUUUUCAUCAGCUUGUCAUUCUAUACUGCUACUAACGACAAAGGUGAAACUGAAAAAUGAUGCCAGAGUUUACUCAUUUUUUUUUUGCUCGAGAUCUUGAAGAGCAAUUUACUCCUUUGUCAGAAUUAAGUGGCGUUUAUAAAAAAAAGGUGUGAAGAAGACGAUGCUUUUUGGAAAGGAUUCUUGAAGUUUCUUGUUAUGUUGAAUAGGAUAUUUAAAGUGUUGAUCGCUUUAAAGAGGAUAGACAUGGAGAUAUUUAAAGAAUCUAGUAUUUUGAAGAUUUAAUAGGUUGAGGGAUGUUAAUU